CGGCAAGAUGUCAAGGAGCACUGGAGCAGAGAAAUGGAAAGAAUAUCUGGCGUGGAAUGAGAUGGAAUCUGAAGGCAGACAAAACAAGAGAUCUUCUGGUGAAGGAGAAUCCUUUUUGUCUGCCCAGCAACAGCUGUGCUUGAGGGGACAUCCAAUGCCCUUGUAUCCCAUCCGCUUGCAAAUCAAGUGAAAUGAAAAGGACAGCUGUUCGUAUUUGACAGCACCCAAUGGUUUGUGAGAGGAAAAUUUAGACGCUCCCUUAAUCCGAGUAAGCAUCACGGUUUCCACACCCCGAGGGAGGACAGGAGAUGGACAGGAGGGGGACACCGGCUUUCGACGUCAAAAGCUACGGGUUAUACGGAGUGUCAACACCGUGAAUAUAGGCUACAGCAUUACCGUGCGUCUUCUUCACUGCCUCUGCAUUAAAACAGCUGUCACGGUUCAAACCUUUUCCACCGGGACUCGAGUUUAACACCGCGACUCUUCCUCCGCCGCUGAGCCGCUCUCCAGUGCUGAAACCCCGGGCGCAGCUGUCGCUCCGUCCCCUUAGGAAACUGUCCUAAUGAAGGAGGCCGACGCCAUCAAGCUCUUCAUUGGCCAGAUCCCGCGGAAUCUGGAGGAGAAGGACCUGAAGCCCAUCUUUGAGCAGUUUGGGAAGAUCUAUGAGCUCACGGUGAUCAAGGACAAGUACACGGGAAUGCACAAAGGAUGUGCGUUCUUGACAUACUGUGCGAGGGAGUCAGCCUUGAAGGCCCAGAAUGCACUGCACGAGCAGAAGACAUUGCCUGGGAUGAACCGCCCCAUUCAAGUGAAGCCAGCGGACAGUGAGGGCCGAGGAGACAGGAAGCUGUUUGUGGGGAUGUUGGGGAAACAGCUGUCAGACACCGAUGUCAGAAAAAUGUUUGAGCCUUUCGGGAGUAUAGAGGAGUGCACAGUACUCAGAGGGCCUGACGGAGCCAGCAAAGGUUGUGCAUUUGUAAAAUAUCAGAGUAAUGCAGAAGCACAGGCGGCCAUUAGCGCUCUACAUGGCAGCCGCACUCUCCCGGGUGCAUCUUCUAGUCUGGUGGUAAAGUUUGCAGACACAGAGAAGGAGAGAGGAAUUAGGCGUAUGCAGCAAGUGGCCUCCCAGCUGGGUGUCAUUAGUCCCAUGAGCCUACACCUGGGCGCCUACAACGCAUACACACAGGCAACGCACAGUCAACUUGCUCUCGAAUAUUCACGGACCGGUGUUUUGACCGUUCCAAUAUGGCAGACGUCUAACCUAUGGCGGCCCAUAGAAACAGCCACUAAUGAGCUCGUCCAACAGCAGGCCUUGGUGGCUCAGUCCGCAUAUCUGUCUCCUGUGGCGACGGUUGCCGCGGUGCAGAUGCAACAGUUGGCUGCUCUCAAUCCCAGCAGCAUCAUAGCCACACCCAUCGCUUCAAUCACACCCUCCUCAGGUACGAACACUCCUCCAACCAUUGCCACACCUGUGCCUGCUCUGCCUCCAAUCGUCAACAGUUACCCACAAGUCUCUGCACCACCCAAUGGCCAGUCUGCCACUGAAGCCCUCUACACCAAUGGUGUCCACCCAUAUCAGGCUCAGAGCCCUGCAUUGGAUCCUCUCCAGCAGGCGUAUACAGGCAUGCAACACUACACGGCUACAUAUCCUGCUGCUUAUGGAUUGGUCGGUCAACCAUUUCCACAUCAGCCCACCUUAGUUGCCCAGCAACCCCAGCAGCCGCAGCAGCUGCAACAACGAGAAGGACCAGAAGGCUGCAAUAUCUUUAUUUAUCAUCUGCCUCAGGAGUUCACCGACUCGGAGAUGCUGCAGAUGUUUUUGCCCUUCGGUAAUGUCAUCUCAGCCAAGGUGUUCGUUGACCGCGCCACCAAUCAGAGCAAAUGCUUUGGUUUCGUAAGCUUUGACAACCCGGCGAGCGCUCAGGCUGCCAUCCAGGCCAUGAACGGCUUUCAGAUCGGCAUGAAGAGGCUUAAAGUUCAGCUCAAGAGGCCUAAAGACGCCAACCGCCCAUACUGAGACAAACAGGGAAGAAAGGAGAGGACUAACGGAGUCACUUUUCCUCUGCUGCAAAUUACGGGACCAACAACUUUCGCAAAACUACAGUAUAAGACCUACCGAGAUUAUUUAAACAAAAAUAUACAUUUAAUAAUAAUAAAGACAGACUUAUCGCAGGAGGUGCAGGUUAAAUAGAAUGAUUUACUACCUUAACAGUAUACGAUAUAGGACCAAUCAGCAACGCAACUCCACUCACUCUUCUGCUUCACAAGCUGUUGUGCCGUGUGCUUGUGGGUCGUGACCUUUCUGCCGUCGACCCGCACAUCUACGCCUUGCGCGCGCACACACACACACACACACAUACAUACAUACACAAAUGGGACCAACGCUAAUAUGUCAGUACUACACGAGUUUCACAUCUGGGUUCAAAAGAAAAACUUCGGACUAUUAAAGUCUUUCUGCAGCAAUCUAAAAUAUGUAUAUAGAAAUUCCAGGGGACCAUGUGUAGACAUAUCGAAACAGUUGGGAGGGUGGGGCUGGGUCCACGCGAUCAGAGCAAAGAAUCAUGGGUGGUACGGUAGCUAGAGACGUUUUGGGAGUUUGGAAGGAUUUGCUCUUGGUCUCUAAUCUGAGUCCAGUUAUACAUAGUUCUUCAUCUUUAAUUCUUACAGAAACAAAUGACCUGUGGUAAUAGGAUGCUGGUCCUAUAUUGCAAUCCUCCCUAAAAUGACUGAAUAUAGUUUAUCACAGAGAUGCUGUAGUUAGAGGUUUUUUUUGUUUUGUUUUGUUCGUUUUUUCUUUCUUUUUAUGGAAAAAAAUUUGUGGAUGAUUCGAGAAGAUUCACGAACGUUAAAAAUGUAUUUCAUUGUAUAUAUCAUGCUUUUAAAAUGAAGGUCAAGAUUUAAACAUUUGGGAUAUUAUUAUUAUUAUUAUUAUUAUUAUUUAGGGAAAAUGAUUUCUAUCCUUUUUUGCAAUUAAUUUAUCAAUUUCUUGGAGGGCAUUUUUUAAAUUAUUUAUGAAGAUAGAGGAUCAUUGGCACAUGUUCCGAUGAAUCCAUGUAUUUUUAGACAUUUUAUUUACAGAUUUACCAUUAAUGAACAAUCAUUAUUAUUAUUAUUAUUAUUAUUCUAUUUAUUUUCUUCAACUGUUGUUUCACAACCUGUCGAUUACAAAAAAAAAUUUGAAUAAAAUUUUAAACAAUA